AACGGCUCUUAUCAUUUAUCAUUUUUUUUUUUUUCAAAAAUUUAAUAAUAUUAUUAUUGUUCACUACCUGUUACUAUUUUACUAAUAUUAUUGUUAUUAUUCGUUAUUAAUUAUUAUUUAUCGAGAUUUAUACAAAUCUUCGAGGACCUCGGUCAGCCGCGUUCAACGACGAUAGUACACGACGACGUCAAAGAACGUACUAAAUUAGCAAAUCGCUUCGUUUUGUCUAUCCAACACAUUGAUUAAAUUACAAAAGCAUUAAUUUCCCACGUUCAGGGUUUUCGGGAUUGAUAUACGCCAUGUACAGGCGGUGGUGACGUGUUUAGGUCGGAUGCUGGGACGAUAUAGUCUCUAUCAUAAUUAUUUGUCCGGUGGCUGCUCGUUGAUCGAGGUUUGCACAAAAGGUUUUGUUUGAAUUGGAUACUGACCGUCAUGGAUUGGAAGGCAGUCAUAUUCCAACAAUUGGAGAGCAGAAACUCCAGGGAGACAACUAGCUUUCAAAACUUGAUCAAUUUCUAUAACAAAAUCUAUGACAGUUCACUUUUGUUAAGAGCACAAAAUAUUCAGCUUGAAUCUCAAAUUAUACGUGGUAAUACUGGUGGUGAUUUUGUUUACUCUGAAAAAAUAUCAGCUUUAGAACAAAAAUUGCUUGUGCAACAAGAAGAAUUGACUGAAUUACAUCGUAGACGUGGAGAAAAUGCUCAAAUGAUUAUAGAUUUAAAUGCAAAAUUACAAUUGACUGAGCAAACACUUGCAAGCAAAAACCACAGUUUGACUGAACAUAUGAAGUUAGUUGCUAGUUUGCGAGCUGAAAUAUCUUUAUACCAGAAAAAUAACUCUGAACUAAAACAAUUAAAUCAAGUUCUCAAAGAUGAACACCAAGCACUGCAGUUGGCUUUUACUAAACUUGAAGAAAAAUUACGGGCAUUUCAAGAUGAAAACAGAGAACUCGUGGUCAGGUUAAUGACUUAUAAAUCUAAGGACGCCGAGAAGUUGAAUGAGGAAAACGACCAUCUAGUCAGAAAACGAAAUGCUAUUAUGCAAAAUGAACUUAAAGAAGCAGCUAAUGACAUGCGUGGUGUAACCGCAGAAUGCUUGACAACUGCUGUAAGCAAUAGUAUUGGCCCAAUUAUGACAUCUCCGUGUGCCAUGCCUAGCAAAGCUACCAUUCGAUUUGACGCUCAUGAUGGUGUUGUAAGCGCUGUGAAGUGGAGUCCAGUAGAUCGAAUGGUAGCAACUGGUGGAGAAGACCGUAAGGUGAAGCUGUGGGAUGUGUCUAAAGGUGUUGCUGAGUGCAAAGGGAUGUUGAUUGGAAGCAAUGCAGGUGUUAUGUCAGUUGAGUUUGACAGCACAGGUGGGCAAAUUGUAGCAGCAUCUAAUGAUUUGGCAUCGCGUGUUUGGACAGUAAAUGAUCAACGACUUAGGCACACGUUGACUGGACAUUGCGCCAAAGUGAUGGCUGCCAAGUUCAUGGGUGAACCCAACAAAGUGGUGACCGGCAGCCACGACCGCACGCUGAAGAUAUACGAUCUACGCAUCAGGGCAUGCGUCGAGACCAAGUUUGCCAUGUCCAGUUGCAACGACCUGGUCACAUCGGAGACUGUUGGCACGACCAUCAUGAGCGGCCAUUUUGACAAGAGGAUACGAUUCUGGGACACGAGGACCGAGAAGCCACAUACGGAGAUCGAGGUCCAAGGACGGGUCACGUCUUUGGACUUGUCCAGAGAUUGUAAUUACCUAUUGAGCUGUGUCCGGGACGACACCCUGCGGCUGGUCGAUCUCAGGACGAACAAAAUAAUCAACACAUUCGAGGCUGACGGAUUUAAAGUGGGUUGUGAUUGGACAAGAGCUGUGUUCAAUUUAGAAUAUGAUCAUGUGGCCGUUGGAUCCUCUGAAGGUUCGGUGUUCAUAUGGGCCGUGUCAAAUCCCGAAAAACCACUUGUAGUAUUGAAGAACGAACACAGCGCACCGGUGACAGCCGUGUCUUGGCAUCAGUUUACCAACAACGUGGCCAGCGUAGAUCGAUCCAGGAGGGCAGUGGUCUGGGCAGACGUUUGACACACGCUGUGGAUCCGGUGGUUUGUUUUUUCUUAUUACUGUUCACAGUAUACUGUUGCAACGUAUCGCGUGUAUUUUCCUUAUUUUUUUUUUAAUAUAUUUACCAUUUAAAAAAAUUAAAAAGAAAAAAAAUUGAUAUAUGUAUAUUUUUUAUUCUAUGCAUACAUAUUAUAAUAAUUAUAUUGUUGUCGUGCGUGUGUGCUUGUGUGUACAAUAUAUAUAUUAUACAUAUAUAUAUAUUAUUAUUUUUAGACUCAUUUGAUGAUGUGAGAUUAUUUUAUAUAUUUCAUGUAUUAUGUGUUUUGAAUAAUAAAAUGUUCCAAUUCA